CACACACACAUCCCCCCAACCUUGUACUCCCUGAUCCAAGACCUCCCUGCCGAGUGGAACAUCCGAACACAGCAUGUCUCGUCUCAUUGUCAAGAACAUUCCUCGCCAUGUUACGGAGAAGCGCCUGCGCGAGCACUUCUCCAAGCAGGGCAACAUCACCGAUGUCAAGCUGAUGCGCACGCCUGAUGGCGUGUCGCGCCGGUUCGCCUUCGUCGGGUACAACUCCGAUGCCGAUGCGGCCGCCGCGCAGAAGUACUUCAACGGGACCUUCAUCGACACCGGUAAAAUUAUCGUCGAGCUGGCCAUGGCCGUCAAUGACCCGAACAAGGAGCGCCCCUGGUCAAAGCACUCGGAGGGCUCCUCGGCAUACGAGAAGCGCCAUGGGUCUGGCCUCCGGAAGCCCGCUGCGGCCGACAAGCCGGCUCACGAUCCCGAGGCUGCCCUGGCGCACAGCAGCGUGCCCAAGUCCAUCGAGAGCGACGCCAAGUUCAAGGAAUUCUUCGAGGCCAUGCUGCCCCGUUCCAAGCAGAAGCUUUGGUCCAACGUCGACGGCACCAGCACCCAGCAGUCGGCCACUGCCUCGGCCCCGGCGAAGGCCACGGCCGAGGCUGCGGCCGCCGAGGAGCCCGGCGCGGACACCGGCAGCAAGACCGGCGGCCUGGUGGCCAAGCAUGUGAAGAUCAGCGGCGUGCACUCGCGCAAGCUCGGCGGCUCGGCCGUUGUGCUGAAGCGCAUGCACGUUGUCUUCGACAGCGAUGAUGACGAUGACGACGACAAUGCGGGCGGGCCGCCGGCCAGCUCCAGCGCCACCUACGACGAGGCGAUUCCCCAGCAGCCGGCUGCCCUGACGGCCGGUGCCCGGCCUGGCGAUGUGGUCUUCGACGAUGAUGACACCGAUGCCAGCGACGAUGAUGACUACCAGAUGAUCGGUGUCCCCCGGCCGGCCGGGGCGGCCUCCAGCUCCGACUCCGAUUCCGACGGGGACAUGGUCGAGAGUGAUGACAGCGACAAUGAGGAGGCGUCGCCCGCCCCCCCGGCGGCCGAUCUGAUCAUGGGCUUCGAUGAUGAGGUGGAUGAGACUGGCCAGCUGCGCGAGCCGGUCGCCGCCGAUGCCGCCAAUGCCGCCAAUGCCGCCAAUGCCACCGCCCCGGAGGACGACCACAUCGACACGGACAAUGUGCAGGAUGCCGCAUCGGCCCAUGCGCAGAUCGCGGAAUCCGGGCGCCUGUUUGUCCGGAACCUGGCGUACACCACCACCGAGGCGGACUUGCGCGGGCUCUUCCAGAAGUUCGGCCCGGUGGCCUCGGUGCACAUCCCCCUGAGCUCGGGCGAGGCCCGCAAGAGCAAGGGCUUCGCGUACAUCCUGUUCAUGAUGCCGGAGCACGCGCUCAAUGCCUAUGCCGAGCUGGACCGGUCCUUCUUCCAGGGCCGCAUUUUGCACGUGUUGCCGGCGCGGCCGGCGCGUGACACCGCCACCGGGCCGGAUACCACCGCCCCCGAUGGCCGGCCCCUCAGCUUCAAGGAGAAGCGCCUGGCCGAGCGAAAGGCCAAUGCCGGCGAUGUGGCCACCUGGAACUCGCUCUUCCUCAACCCGGACACCGUGGCCUCGGCCAUGGCCGAUCGCCUGGGCGUCAGCAAGGCCCAGCUGCUGGACUCGCAUCGGGCCAGCGCCGGGACCGCCAAUGCGGCCGUUCGCCUGGCCCAGGCCGAGGCCCAGCUCGUCCAGGAGACCCGGCAGUUCCUGGUGGACUGCGGCGUGUCGCUGGAUGCCUUCCAGGGCGAGGCGUCUAAGCGCUCGGCCGGCCGGUCGGAUGUCUGCAUCAUCGCCAAGAACAUGCCCUACGGGGUGGACGGGGCCCAGCUCCAGGAGAGCUUCGCCAAGUUCGGCCAGCUAACACGGUUCAUCAUGCCGCCGACCAAGACCGUAGCGCUGGUGGAAUUCUCCGAGCCGACCGAGGCGCGUGCGGCCUUCCGUAAGCUGGCCUUCUCCAAGGUCCAGGACAUGCCGCUGUACUUGGAGUGGGCCCCGGCGGGGACAUUUACCGCCUCCGUGGUCCCUGGCGCCGGGCCGAUGGUGGCCAUCGGCAAGCUGGCACCCGAGGGUGCCGGCAGCGGGGCCACCGAGCCGGCCGCUGUCCGGACCACCUCCGAGUCGCUGGUCCUGGCUGACUCCUCUGGCACGGGGCAGCCAGCCGCCGAAGGCACCCCCGCCGCCGCCGCCGCCGCCGCCGCCGCCGCCACCGCCGCGUCGACGGUCGGCGAUUCCGAGGGCUGCACGGUCUUCGUCAAGAACCUGAACUUCUCCACCACCGACGAGACCCUGCACACGGUGUUUGCGGCGGUUGGUCCUCUGCGCAGCGCGCAAACCACCAAGAAGACCACGCGCUCCGGAGAGAAGCUCUCCAUGGGCUUCGGGUUUGUGGAGUUUGUCCAUGCCUCCGAUGCCAGCAAGGCCAUUCAGAAUCUGCAGGGCACCACUCUUGACGGCCACUCUCUCCAGCUGAAGCUCUCUCACCGGAAGAGCGGCGCUGGCGAUGGGGCUGAGAGCCGGAAGUCCGCCCGACGCCCCGAUGCCCCGGCCGGCUCCGGAACCCCGUCCAACAAGCUGGUCAUCCGCAACGUCCCAUUCCAGGCCACCCGCCAGGAGCUUCGCCAGCUGUUCAUCCCGCACGGCACCAUUCGGUCUCUGCGCCUGCCGCGUAAGUUCGAUGGCAACCACCGGGGUUUCGCCUUCAUCGAGUUCGCCACCGAGUCCGAGGCGGCUGCCGCGCGCGCCGCCGUCGAGACCCAUCUUUACGGCCGUCGUCUGGUCAUCGAGUGGGCCUCGACCGAGGACGCGUCGGUGGAUGCCGACGCUGCCAUGCAUCGCGCCGCCCGGGACUUCGAGAAGGCCAACGCCGUGCCCACCGGCCGGGGACCGCGCCAGCAAAGCAAGAAGAUCCGCAUCAGUCGUGACGGCGAGUAGGACAUCGGCACACGCAUGCUUCCUUGGGCCCCCCCCC